UUCAGAUUUGGCACCGAAAAUGGUUAGGUAUAGGUCCCAUUUCCCCCCGGAAAUCCUGGAUCCGCCACUAUUUGUAAAUUGAACACAUCAAUUAUGCUUAAUUUAUUGAUAAGUUGCAUUUCUUAUUUUUCAUCAUUCAUAAAUUUUACAAAGUUGAUGUUAUCUAGCUAUGUACAUAGUUUGGAAGUUAAAGUACGGUUCCAUGGGCAUUAUUGUACAGUCAUGCUCCGCCACCUGAAAGUUAUUGUACGUUGGGUUUCUGUCAAAGGUUUUCUGUCUGAUUUAUAGUAUAAAAUCAAAGGCAAAUACGGCACCAUGAUACAGUAUAUAUUUACAGGAUAUAUAUGGCGUGUUCUAUAUUUAGUGUUUUGCUUCAUUUGGUACACUGACAUCCCUCAUUGUUUUAUCAUUAAAUAUGUGAUUCUAAAUCUAAAUUUGACCAUUUUCAGUAUGUCCACAUUGAGAAUAUAUGUCUCUAAAACAUUUCUUGUUAAUCACUAUGUCUCUUCUAAUUAUCAAUGCCUUUUUAUCUUCAUCAGAGGAACGUACACCAUUUCAAUACACAUUUUUUUUCCAUAUUUUAACAGGUAUUGUCGAUAAUUACUUCAAUUAUACAGUUGGAUAUUCACAUUCUGGACUACAGAGGAUAUCUGCCAACUCCACAGAAGUAAUAAUUCCAUUCCCUCAUGAAAAAUAUGGUAACUUCUACAUCACGUUCAACUUGUUCGAUGACGAAAUCGCAGAAAUGAAUGAUGUACCAGUUUUACUUUGUGAAAUAGAGGUCAAAGGCUGUCCCAGAAAUCAGUACGGCAGUCCUUGCAGACCAUGUCCUGUACAGUGUGAUAAGUGUUAUGCAAUUGACGGCUCAUGUGUGUGUCAGGCGGGAUACAAGGGGGAGAACUGUACAGAGGAAUGUUCCAAUAGCACAUACGGUGUGAAGUGUGUGUACAACUGUGGGCAUUGUAUCAAUGGAACGUGUGAUCACGUGACUGGGAAUUGUUUAAUCGGUUGUGAUAGAGGUUGGACAACAAGCAAAUGCAAUACAGCUUGUAGCAGUGGCUGGUAUGGACAGGAUUGUGUGAUGAGAUGCAACGGUCAUUGUAUAACGCCUCAUGUGUGUGAUCACGUGACUGGAUCUUGUCGUGGAGGAUGCGCCACGGGAUGGACGAAUGACGCAUGCGAUUCUGCUUGUAGCAGUGGCUGGUAUGGACAGGAUUGUGGGAUAGGGUGUAGCAGUCAUUGUAUAACACCUCACGUGUGUGAUCACGUGACUGGAUAUUGUCUUGGAGGAUGCGCCACUGGAUGGACGAAUGAUACAUGUGAUUCUGCUUGUAGCAGUGGCUGGUAUGGACAGAAUUGUACGAUGAGAUGUAGCAGUAAUUGUAUAACACCUCACGUGUGUGAUCACGUGACCGGAUCUUGCCUUGGAGGAUGUGCUACUGGAUGGACGAAUGAUACAUGUGAUUCUGCUUGUAGCAGUGGCUGGUAUGGACAUACUUGUGUGAUAGGAUGUAGCAGUAGUUGUAUAACACCUCAUGUGUGUGAUCACGUGACCGGGUAUUGUGUUGGAGGAUGUGCUACUGGAUGGACGGGUGAUACAUGUGAUUCUGGUUGGUAUUUCAUACUAAUUAUCUACGUUUUUUGUAUUUUAUUUAAUUGAUAUCUAUAUUCAAAUUUUCAAACAUAUUUUCAGUGGAUGCAACAUACUAUGGAUAUUAAACAUUUAUGAUAAAUUGCUUGAUUAAUUUGCCUAUAUUACCUUCUCUGGUGAUGUAGAAUUUGAUUAUGAUCUUCAUAUUCCAACAUACGGCUCAAAUGUAUAUAAGACAUCUUUUCAGCACAAUCAUUGACAUCUUUGAUGUUUUCUUCUUUGAAGCAGUUUUCCCCUUUUCUUGCCCUUCUUAGUAUAUAUUUAUAUUGACUUUAUUGUAUCAAAUCACUUGUUUCUGAAUGCAUGUGUGUAUGUAUGUAUGUAAAUGAAUUUGUGUAUCUAUAUGCAAUGUAAUUUGUGUUCUGUGUUUGGUAUAUUUUGAAGUAUAUAUAAUUUGGAAAUGUACAAUACACUAAUCAACUCAACGUCAACUUAUUAUUGUUAUCAUUAUCAUCAGUAUCAAUUACCCAUUAAUCUGUGGAAGUCUUGUUUUAAUUCCAUAUUGAAAAGUGAGCAAUUUCUUUGGUAUUUCAAGUAUUUUUUAUUAAGGGAAUCUUUCAUUAUUUUUCGCAGCAAAAGCAACGUCUUGAUAGUAUUUCACUGAACAAUUAUUUGUAUUGUUGGACAUAAUAAAAUAUAAGAUGUACUUUUGAUUUACUAUACCCGUUUAAUUCAUAUUUUUUUAAAUUUAGCUUUUAACAGUGGCUGGUAUAGAUGAAAUCACGUUACCGGAUAUAGUCUGGAAUGGUGUGCCAUCGGAAAACUGAAACGUGUGAUGCCAAUUCGUGUUUUAUUUUAUUGCUAGUAGCUCUCUGUAUUUCAUGUAUUUUAUUUUCUAUCAGUUGAUACAACAUAUCGUGAGUAUUUGACAACUCUUUGUGGAAGUAUUAAAAUUGUUGAUAACAUAUUUUAUUUAUUUUCUUGCAUGAUUUUUUCUGGUAAUAUAUCUGGUUUUAUUCUAUCUGGGUCAGGCGUUGAUUGGGCACCAUCAUGUACGUCCGUAGCCUAUCAUAAUAUAACAUGGGGAACAGAGAGAUCCGGUUCUCUGGUCAGAUACGACCACGCUGUUACCAUAGUGUAAAACGCUAGCCUGGAAUCCAAUGAAGACUUAUUUCAUGACGUCAUAUGGGUCAUGGAGGGACAAGAAUUGGUUGAUCACUGUUAAUUCGUCAAGUUGGUUAUUGUUGUGAAAAAACAACGACGUGGGAAUCAGAGUGACAGACGUGCACAUUAUAGCCAGUCCAGCAAAUGACAUCACCGUCAUCACGUGACAAUGAUCGGGAUGACGGAGUAGGCAGAAUCGGUUUGUCACCUGGCUUUCCAAGAAUCAUCGGAGUACAACUUAUGCCAACCGCACGUGACAGCCUUCAGUAAUGUUACCAUGUUCAAUUGUCUUAAAAAUAGUAAGGUAUAUGUAUUUCCAAGUAUAUCUAUUAUUGACGCACAGUUGAUAAGGACACCUUCUUGCAGAAGGUAGUUUUGUCGUUCGGUCGGUCUG